GCAGCUCGCGGAUCCGGUUAUCCGCUCUCGCUCUCCUCGAAAAGCCGCCGCCUUCGGGAAAAGCGACCGCGCGCCGCUCUCUCUCUCUCUCUCUCUCUCUCUCUCUCUCUCUCUCGCAUUAGCAUCGGCGCGCCGCUCGCGCGCACACGCUAGUUUCUCCCGGAGUACAGUGUACGGCCCGUCCUUGUUUUCCUGAGCUGCGUUGCUGCUAUCACCCGCUGCUUUCUACAAUGGUGAGCACGCGAAAAUUAAAAGUCGCCAUAAUCGGCCAAAGCAAUUUCGCGGCCGAGGUUUAUCAAGCAAUCAAGAGAGAUGGUCACGAGGUUACGGGAGUUUUCACGAUUCCCGAUAAGAAUAAUCGAGAAGACCCGCUGGCUCAAGUGGCAUCGUCCAAUGGCACGCCGGUGUUCAAGAUCAAGGCCUGGCGUAACAAGGGGGUGGCGCUACCCGAGGUGCUCGAGCAGUAUCGAAGCGUCGAGGUGGACCUCAACGUGCUGCCCUUCUGCACUCAGUUCAUACCGAUGGAGGUGAUCGAUUACCCGCGCUACCGGAGCAUAUGCUACCAUCCCUCGCUUCUGCCGAGGCAUCGCGGCGCCAGCGCUAUCAGCUGGACGCUGAUCCAAGGCGACGAAACCGGCGGCUUCACGGUGUUCUGGGCCGACGACGGUCUGGACACCGGGCCGAUCCUCCUCCAACGCCGCUGCGACGUCGAUCCGAACGACACGCUGGACUCUCUGUACAAGCGAUUCAUGUAUCCCGAGGGCAUCAAGGCGAUGGCCGAAGCCGUGAACCUCGUCGCCGACGGUGUCGCCCCGAGAAUUCCUCAGCCGAAGGACGGCGCGACCUACGACGCGAUGCUCAACAAGAAGGAAUUGCAGCGGAUCGACUGGAAGAAAAGGAACGCGAAGCAGGUCCACGACUUCGUCAGAGCGCUCGACUCGACGCCCGGCGCUUGGACUCUCGUUGGCGAGCAGGAAGUCAGAUUCUACGCGAGCAGCCUCUGGAACGGAAAGGAAACGCCGGUGGGCGACGAAGUGAACGUCGACGGCCAGCUAGGUGUCGUGAGCGACGAGGGCCUGCUGAUAAGAGCCAGGGGCGGCUGGGUAAAAGUGGAGGUUUGCAAAGUCGGCGGCAAGACGAUCAGCGCCAGCAAGUACGGCAAGUCGCAAAACGGCACGGCCAGCGUGGCGUUCACCGAGGAGGAGCUGGCGAGCGUCGAAGCCAUCAGAAAGAUCUGGCAGGACAUACUCAGGCUCGAGGUCGACGACGACACGGAUUUCUUCGCCUGCGGUGCCGGCAGCAUGGACGUCGUGCGCCUCGUCGAAGAGCUGAAGGACAGCCUCGACGUCCACCUGCAGAACACGGACGUGUUCAUGGCACCGGUAUUCUCCGAAUUCACGGCCACGGCGAUCGUAGCGAAACGCGGCGGAGCUAGCGCCGCGCAGCAGGUCGGCUACGAUGCCGUGGAGGUGCGCGUCAACAACAUGGAUCUGCGUUUCCCCAGGCAACUGUUCAUCGACGGUCGCUUCGUCGACGGCCGGAGCAAGCCGAUCCCGUCGAUCAAUCCGCACGACGAGAGCGUCAUCUGUUGGGUGCAAAGCGCAUCGGUGCAGGACGUCGACGACGCGGUGAAAGCCGCCAAGGUGGCCUUCGAGAAAGGCGAGUGGAGUAAGAUCAGCGCUCGAGAACGCGGCGCGCUGCUGUUCAAACUCGCCGACCUGAUGGAAAAGCACAAGGAGGAGCUGGCCACCUUGGAGAGCUUGGACUCCGGCGCGGUCUACACUCUCGCGCUCAAGACCCACGUCGGCAUGUCGAUCGAAACGUGGCGCUACUUCGCCGGCUGGUGCGACAAGAUCCAAGGCUCGACGGUGCCCAUCUCGCACGCGCGGCCGAAUCGCAACCUCACCAUCACCCGCAAAGAGCCGAUCGGCGUUUGCGGCCUGGUCACCCCCUGGAAUUAUCCGCUGAUGAUGCUGUCGUGGAAGAUGGCCGCGUGUCUGGCUGCCGGCAACACCGUGGUGAUGAAGCCGGCCCAGACGUCGCCGCUGACCGCGCUCAAGUUCGCCGAGCUCGCGGCCAAGGCCGGCAUCCCAGCAGGCGUGAUAAACAUCGUGCCGGGCAGAGGCGCGGAAGCCGGAAACGCCAUCGUCGGCCAUCCGUCGGUGCGCAAGCUGGGAUUCACCGGGUCCACGGAGAUCGGCCAGACGAUCAUGAGGUCGUGCGCCGACAGCAACUUGAAGAAGGUCUCGCUGGAAUUGGGCGGCAAGAGCCCGCUCGUCGUGUUCGAAGACGCCGACAUGCAGCAGGCGGUCAGGCUGGCCAUGAGCAGCGUGUUCUUCAACAAGGGAGAGAACUGCAUCGCGGCAGGCCGGAUCUUCGUCGAGGAGAGCAUCCACGAUGAGUUUCUCGAUCGGGUGGUGGCCGAGACCAGAAAGAUCACCAUAGGCGACCCGCUGAAUCGGGCCACCUCCCACGGCCCGCAGAAUCACGAAGCUCACCUGGAGAAGCUGCUGGAAUUCGUGCGCGAGGGACAGAGGGAAGGCGCGCGCCUGGUCUACGGUGGCAGAAGGCUGGAGAGGCCGGGCUACUACUUCGAGCCAACGAUCUUCGCCGACGUGCGCGACGGGACUUUCUUGGCGACCGAGGAGUCCUUUGGCCCCAUCAUGAUCGUCUCCAAGUUCAGCUCGAGGAACCUCGACGACGUUAUCGCGCGAGCCAACGACACCGAGUACGGCCUGGCUUCCGGCGUCCUCACCAAGGAUAUCAGCAGGGCAUUGAGGUUCGCCGAGAAGAUUGACGCCGGCACCGUGUUUGUCAAUACUUACAAUAAGACCGACGUUGCCGCGCCGUUCGGUGGCUUUAAGAGAUCUGGUUUCGGUAAAGAUUUGGGACAGGAAGCGCUCAAUGAGUACCUCAAGACCAAGACCAUUACCAUUGAGUACUAGCAAGGGCUUUCGAACAACCUUGCGAGCAGGUCAGAUUGUAUUAAUGCAAGUUCUGCGGCAGCUGCGAUGCUUGUUGUUUCAGUUGCAAUCCGAAUACUAUGUAUUUUUUCUUCGUUACAUUUUAUCAUGGUUAUAUGAGAUUUCUUCCAAUUUAUUUUUCAAUCUUAAUGGAUAGCUUUUAGGGAUACGUUGUAAUGUUUGAUUUGCUCACGCACAUGUAAUCUAUGGAGAUAACAAAAGAACCGUACUACGAAAUUUUGUACAUCGCGCACAUUAGGCUAAGAUGCUAUUAUGUAUAUUCAUUCGCUUUUUAUGAAUCAUCAUUAGUUUGCGCGUUCUCUAAGUACAUACGUAGCGAUUUCAUUAAAAGUUCGUGCACGUUUACUACUUGUACGCUGUGCUUUAUUAUUUACACACCAUCCCACGCUCGACAUUGAAGGCAGCGACAACGAAAGCAAAUAAAAGUUUUUCUCUUGAAUACCUUA